CACAUUUGAAAUUAUUGUCCCUAAUAAUCCUGUUGUUGGCAUUGCUGGGAAAUCUGUCAUCCUCCCAUGCCACAUCUCUCCGGCUUUAAGUGCAGUGGACAUGGAGAUCACUUGGUCAAGAAACUCAGAGCUUAUAUACGGCUAUUCAAGUGGAGCGGAGAAGAUCGAUGAUCAGCAUUGGAAGGGCAGGGUGGGACUGUUCACGGAUGAGCUACACAAUGGCAACGUAUCUCUGAGGUUGCAAGAUGUGCGAGUCUCUGAUCUGGGCUCAUACACCUGCAAUGUCCUGACAUCGACUUAUUUCAGAGAUGGAACAUUUGCAUUAGAUAUUGUAGGAUUUGGAGAGGAGCCUCAUCUUUUUCUGGACAGCACCCCAGGAAAUAAAAUUAAACUGAAAUGUGAAUCACAGGGCUGGUUUCCUAAGCCAGUUUUGAGAUGGGCAACAGUAAUGGGCCAGGACUUAACAACACGUGCUGACACUACGGAGAAUGAGGACAAAGUCUCCCUGGUUGGAGUGAGCAGCACACUUUGGGUGACUGAGAGGGACAGACAUGGAGUCAUCUGUGUAAUUCACCACAGUGAAACAAAGUCAAGCAUUCAAGCACAGAUUGAAAUUGACGAUGAAUUUUUUAGUCUUGUCUCACCUGGAUGGAAGACGUUCUCAAUACUUUCAAUAUUUAUUGAAGUCGGAAUACUGCUGUUUUUACUUGCUGCAGUGUAUUUGUUCAAGAAGUCUAAAGGUAUGUGUCAUCUGCUCAUUGGUAAUGGGGUUUAAUUCUGCUAGAGUCUUACUUUU